GAUGACAGUUGUACUGAGGAACACACUCGGUGUCGUAGAUUACAUUGUGAUCGUUGUAAUUCUCCUGAUCUCGAUCGCCAUUGGGAUUUAUUUUUCCUUGACUGGGGGUCACCAGCGCACGACCAAGGAGUAUCUUCUAGCCGACAAGAAGAUGAAUCUGCUCCCCGUCACGCUGUCUUUGAUCGUCUCGUAUUACUCCGCCAUCUCUAUCCUCGGCUAUCCCGCCGAGGUCUUUCUUUACGGUUCUCAGCUGGCCUUGUUUAAUAUUUCGUCCAUAGUGUCCUUCGUGAUAGUGGCAGUGUUCUUUAUCCCCUUCAUCCGGGGCCUGAGGCUGGUGAGCGCCUUCCAGUAUGUGAAGCGGCGCUAUAAAUCUAGAGCUGUGCAGAAGUUAUCUUCAGGUCUUGGAAUACUGGUGACGGUCUUCUAUCUGGGCACUGCUACAUAUGCCCCUGCAUUGGCAAUAGAGGCAGUGACUGGUGUCCCGUUGUGGGCUAGCAUCGUAGUCAUCAUGGCCGUGUCUACUUUAUAUACCUCUCUGGGCGGAAUGAAGGCAGUGCUGUGGACGGACGCUCUUCAGUUCUUUAUCAUGAUUGCAGGAAUCCUGGUCGUGCUCAUAAAGGGUUGGGUGACGAUAGGCGGGCCGACCAUAAUGUGGGAAACCAGUGUGGCAGGACAGAGGGCAAACUUCUUUGAUUUUGAUCCCUCUCCAACCACACGCCAUACUUUCUGGGGUAUCGUUGUCGGUGGCACGUGCUUGGGCGUCAUCCACAACUGUUUCUCUCAGGCCAAUGUCCAGAGAAUAUCGUCUGUCAAAUCUGACCGGCAAGCUAGAAUUGCCUUGUUGGCUAAAACUCCAUUCUACUUGCUUCUAACCAUCCCGCUGUUAUUGAUUUCCUUCACUGUCUACACCUACUACGUGCAACUGCGCUGCAAUCCAGUGAAAGAGAAGAUCAUAACUAGUGCUAACCAGCUCCUUCCCCAUUUCGUGAUGGAGGUGAUGGCCGACCUCCCCGGCAUACCAGGCCUCUUCGUGUCCUCUCUGCUGUCAGGCUCCCUCAGUUCGAACUCGUCUUCUUUAAAUGGCAUUGCUGCUUUGGCUUGGGAGGACUUUUUUAAAGACAUUAAUUUUCUUGCAAAGCGAGCAGAAAAGACUCGGGCGCUGAUCAGUAAAUUGACAGUUGUGGUGGCUGGCUGCGUUGGGACUGCAAUUGCCUUUCUUGCAGCCAAAAUGGGAGGCCCGAUCAUGCAGAUUUCCCUUUCGCUCUUUGGUUCAGUGAAUGGGCCACUCUCUGGAAUUUUCCUGCUUGGAGCGCUGUUUCCGUGGGCAAAUUGGAUUGGUGCAUUUACUGGUGGUCUGUGUGGAAUAGUAAUGUGUGCCUGGACAAUAUGUGGCUCUAUGGUCCACAAGGUCCACUCCUACAGUCCGCCUGUCCCAGCAGUCCCCUCUGGAGGCUGCUUCCCUGGUAAUGCAAGUCGUCUGGGGUCCACGCUAUAUAACACUUCACUGCUGAGUUAUAUGUCAGAGACCGUGAACUCCACUGUGUAUUACCUAGAAGAUACCAUGUCUUCGGUCACUCUGGAUACAGCGACGAAUUCUACAGUGGCCAGCCUUGUAUCAAAAAGCGGACCCUUUUACAUGGGGUUGGACAACCUGUACGCCGUCUCUUACAUACACUACGCCUUGUUCGGUGUUCUAACGGUGCUGGUGGUCGGCAUGGCGGUCAGUGCAGCAACAGGCUUUACUGAUCCACAAGACGUAGACCCAGUGCUCAUUUUGCCUUUUAUAAGACGAUUCGUUUAUGGCAAAAAUUACGAGAUGAAGAUGAAAAUCGAUAUGGAAAUGGACGACACCUCUAUUAGCCUGAUGAGCGGUAGAAGGGUCCAAGAAUUCAGAGAUUCCACGAAAACUGAAAGCAGCACUUGAUGCGAGUCUUGUUGCUAUAACUAUAGUGAAAUCCUGAGUCAGGAGAUAUUUGUACAAGCCUCAGAGAGAUCGAAAAUGAGGUUUACCCAAUGUAAUAUACUGUGACAAGAACAGGAUUCAGCGGUCAACUUCACGAUUAGAUAACUGCACAGAUACUGUUAAGAAACAAAACCCGUGCCACUAAAUUUUAACUACUUUGAAUAUAUUGUAAACAAGCCCCUUAAAAAUUAAUUUGCCAUUGUAUAACAAUGCCAAUCUGUAACAUCUCUUUGGCUAGAUAACCUAGACUGAGAUAUGAUGGAAUUGUGAUCAAGACCAGUGGAUCGGACACUGUAACAAAUGUGGGAAUCAAUUAGCAGCAACUUCCAUCGGAUUUCAGUAUUGAACUUCGUCCCCUUUUACCUCGCGACACGUGACCAGUAGGCUAGUAUAUUGGUCAGCCGCAGAAUUAUUUGAAAUGAAUCUUUUACAACUCCAGUGACUUUGUUUUACAAUUCUGUGUUACGAAAGAAGAGACUCAGCAUUUUCCAUCACAUAUUAAAACUUUGUCCAGUCGUAGAUUUGACUGAAAAUGAAUGCAUUUUCCAUUAGAUUAAGUUCUUUUUAAGUUUUGAAGUUACUCUUUUCCUGUAUAUGAUAGCAAAUUUAAUAGUCACCACUUUAUAACGUUCCCGAUUACUUGAUUAAGAUUUGCCAAAUCGUACGUAGAUUUUUGUAUUUCAUAUAGAUAAGAGCGUCACAUCAAGUCGCUUCUCCAUAAAUUUGGUAGCAACUUGUCAUGAUGAUUAAACGAAUAAGUUUAUGUAAUCUUUUAAUUAAUCCAACACUAUCAAAUGCUAUAUGAUAACUAACACUAUUCUUCUACUAGAGGAACCUUUCAAUAAAAGAGGCCGCUACCGGCCAAAUUUCGGACACCAUAUAACUGCAUUGAACAAACCAGAUUAUCAACACGAUCUGUUUAUUCCACAUGAUCUGCCACAUUCAGGAUAUCGAUCCCGAUUACAUAAUAGUUACAAUGAUGGCGUGUCCACUGUUUAUAAGCUCUGGUUAAAUGUAAGCAUGAUUUUAUUGUAUCACAUUCCGUUUGUCAUCUCAUGGCCUUAUGUUGUUAGGGCGCUGGUCAAGGGUCAAGUAUGACAAUUGUAAGUGCACAUGCGGGAGCACACAAGUUGUGGAACGUGUUCCGUGUGACUGUCCGCUCACAGUGGACUUAAGAGAAAAAUUCAAUAACUUGGAGUUCAGAUCAGUUUCAGCUUUUGGGUAAACAAAUACACUAGCGAUAUAUGCAAAUAUGUUUAUCUCUCCAAUUCCAUUCUGACAGCUUGACUUGUUGAUAUUGUGAAUAAGAAAAAUGUUUUCUUUAUUUCUUGUGUUU